CCGAGCCGGGGUCCACGCUUACACAAAACACCCGGAAAAACUUCCGUGUCCUCUUCCGCUUUCGAUAGCAUUAUUUGCCAAGUAGCAAUUGGGUAAGAGAUGUGCAGGUAGAACACUUCAUGCCAAAAACAAGGUUCUAUGAGUACCACUUACUCUGUCUCUCUUCUAUCUGUCUCCGCAAAUAAGUUACAUAUAACCUAGUUACGUCAAUCGACUCGUACUAAGGAUACAUAGCUGCGGCGAAUACAAAAUGGCGCCUGACAGAAUUACACCAACUUUACCUAUCUGGUCGUCUAUGCUCUUAUUGUUCUUUUGUCUAAAUGGAUUAGAGACAGUGAAGUGCCAAGGGUCUUACGAGCUUCGAUUGGUCAAUGGAAGCGCGCCAAACGAAGGUCGGGUUGAAAUGCGAUCGAACUCCUCGGACUGGAUGUCAUUGUGCGGCGCGUACUGGGACAUCGGUGACGGAUCGGUAGUCUGUCAACACCUCGGCUUCACCAACGCGACUUCGGUGUCGCGUACGGCCCGCUUCGGGUCGAGCACGGGACGGAUCAUGUCUACGAACUACCAGUGCACGGGGAGUGAGAGUCAUCUCGAGGAUUGUCCAGUGGGGCAGUUUUCCGAGGGGGACUGCCAACAUUCCGCUGACCCAGGUGUGGUCUGUUACCCUUCAACCCCAGCGUCGAUGAUGACGACGAUGCUACCUAACCUGGUGACAACGCUUCCGCCUGAUGUACCCAUACCCGUUCGGCUGAUGGGCGGGAAUAGUCCCUUUCAGGGGAGGGUAGAAGUCUAUCUCAAUAAUGCUUGGGGAACGAUCUGCGAUGAUAGCUGGGAUACUACCGAUGCUCGGAUCGUCUGUCGUCAACUCGGCUUCCAAGAAGUUUUCGCUGCUACCACCAACGCUCGUUUCGGCCAGGGCCUCGGACCAAUCCAAAUGGACGACACUCGAUGCUACGGCAGCGAAACGUCAAUCCUCGACUGCCAACACCGUGGCAUUGGCGUCCACAAUUGUCGGCACACGGAGGACGCUGGCGUGAUAUGCUUGCCCGAAUCCCGCUUAGCUGGCGGCAGCAAUCACUCCGAAGGUCGCGUCGAGGUCAGGGUGGGAGAACAAUGGCAGACGGUAUGCGGCGUCGGUUUCGACGACAUAGAUGCGAACAUUGUCUGCAAUCAGAUGGGGUACGGAGAAGUUCUUAGCAUGUCGCUUGGCAACGACCGGUACGGCAACGCCACCGGCACUGCUGUGGUCAAGAACGUCAACUGCAAUUCCAACUUUCAGCUGAUGUAUCAGUGCGCGUCGGAAGUGGUACCUGACGGGGACCCACAAUGCACCAGCGACAAUGACGUCGGCAUCGUCUGCUCAAAUUCUGAUUCUGCAAUGGGACUUCGUCUGGUUGGCGGCAACAACAUCUUCGAAGGCCGCGUCGAGGUUAACAUCAACAAUACCUGGGGAACCGUGUGCGAUGAUUACUGGGACAUGGAAGACGCUUCGGUAGUCUGCAACCAGCUCGGGCUCGGCCGGGCCGUCGAGGCCAGAAAGUACGCCAGCUUUGGCCGGGGCUUCGGACCGAUCCACAUGGACGAUGUCCUGUGCUCUGGAGACGAAGCAACCAUCUUUGAUUGCGAAUAUAACAACCAGACUGGAUGCUCUCACAGUGAAGAUGCCGGUGUGGUGUGCGCUCCAAAAAUUCGUCUCAUGGGAGGUAUGAACUCGUACCAGGGUCGAGUAGAGAUGUUCGUGAACGAAGAGUGGAGCACAAUCUGCGACACGCAGUGGGAUGAGGACGAGGCCCGAGUUGCUUGUCGUCAGCUCAAGUACGGCUUCGCAGCUACGGCCAAGACCGGUUCGUACUUCGGAGAGGGCACGGGGCCGAUCCUCGCCGAGAACAUACGGUGCAGCGGUUAUGAGGGGUCGUUGGUGCAGUGCCCGCAGUUCGGCAUCUCGCCCAACACGACGUGCGACCACUCGCGUGAUGCUGGUGUGAUCUGCUCACUCCCCGAAAACAACAUCACUCUUCGGCUGGUCGGUGGCGAAAACGCCUACGAAGGUCGGAUCGACAUCGAGCUCGAUGGCAUCUGGGGCACGGUCUGUGACAACAACUGGGACAAGAACGAUGCUCGUGUGGUAUGCAAGCAGCUAGGUCUUGGUCCCGGCAUCGAGGCCGCGAAAGGAGCCACCUUUGGACCGGGUACUGGACCGAUCUACGUGGACAACCUGGCCUGUAGAGGACACGAGUCGUCAAUCGCAUUCUGUCCCAACAAUGGGGUAGAAGUCCACAAUUGCACUCAUGAUAACGACGCAGGAGUCGUAUGCUCAGCUCCUAUCCGACUUGUAGACGGUUCCGGUCCGUACGAGGGCCGCGUGGAGAUUCUCCGCAACAUCGUAUGGGGGACUGUAUGCGAUGACGGUUGGGACAUCAACGACGCCACUGUGGUCUGUAACGAACUCGGCUUCGGCAGCGCCAAGCGGGCCGUCCCCGCUAGCUACUUCGGCUCUCGCUCUUAUGGCUCUAUCCACAUGGAUAACGUGGCUUGUGUAGGGGAUGAACAAAGCCUCACAGACUGCCCACACGACACUACCCAUGACUGCUCGCAUUUGGAGGAUGCUGGAGUUAUCUGCACAGGAAAAGAUCUUGCAUGUGAUCUUCCAUCACUCCCUCCAAACACAUACAUGAGUUUUGUCAAGUCACAUUACAAUGAGGAUGAGGUCAUAGCCGUCAUCUGUACCUAUGGCAACGGGUCGGUGGAGUGGCGAUGCGGCACCGACAAGAGAUGGACAGGACUAUCCCUUACCUGUCCUCCCAGGAAAGGACAUCCUCGUUCCAAUAAAACAAUGAUUGUAAGCAUAGUUGCUGUAUUGGUGGGUCUAAUUCUCAUUGGAUUGAUGAUUAUCUUGAUCUUCUUUGUCGUACGGAGUCAACGCAGACGAGGGUUCGGCGGCGCCAUAACGAUGUCUGACGUCAUCGCUCAUAUAGAAACCAUCAAGAACGCUGCCACCACCAACGGUGAUCGUAGCAAGCUGGAGGGAUGCACCACGGCCAUGCCCGAAAACGAUAUCACGGGUGUCGACGUCGAACCCUUCAAUGAUCACGCCGUGGAAAAUCCUAAGUACUACGACGGAAAAGAUUCCAAAUCCAACGCAACGGGCGGUUAUGCUCGUCUUAUCGAAUAGUUCGAAUGGCUUCUUGGGCAGUACUGUUAUAAUUUUGAAAAGACUUUGUAUGUAUAUACCUGUCAAACCGUCAAAAUGACUUUACAUCCAUUCCAAACUGACCAGUUCUUGGCUGUUGAAGGAUAUGUAAAAUAAUGUUUGAUAAACCUGUUGUAGGUCCGUUAUCGGUCUCGUUGAUGCGACUGAGAAAACCUUCGUCACACCGUCAAACCAAUCCCAAGUAGCCCGAUGUUAUCCAUUCGAGAUGAUUACGGUUUAUACUAUCAUUUUUAUGUCAGUGCAUUCGUGUUUCUAGGCGGUUUGGAAUCGUUUCCCUUAUUUUUGUCAGGGUCUGUUAGGUUGAACUUCCCCGGGAGAUCCAAAACCGGGACAAACGCGGAUCGGUUGUGGACUAUUCAGGGACAGUUCGGCACGCAUCGAUCGAUUCCCGUUAAAGUGAACGGUAAACGGUUUCGACGGUUUUGGCCGGUGUGACUGCGGUUUCUACAAUAUCAAAAUUAAGACGUAUUUCAAUUUUAUCUUUGAUUUUUAGAUUACAUUUCGCUUGCAAAUAUAUGAUUAAAAAAAUGUUUUCGCUUAUUUAAAUUUGUUUUGAAAAUAUAUGACAGGAUUACUGCUGGCAAACUAGAAGUUUAUCAGAAAUUCACAAUGUAAUAAUUAGCCUCAUCUGGGUCCCGUCUUACAAAGAGUCGCGAUUGAUCCAAAUCAAUCGCAAGUCCUGCAAUCAAUCGUACGUUUGCAGUCUCCUCUCUCUUAAGUACAUAGUUGCGAUUGAUAUCAAUCGCAAAUAAGUUUCGAUUGAUAUCAAAUCGUUGUAAGACGGGGCCCUGGACUUGCAAGCCAUCAGCAUUCAGGAUAGUAUGGAGAAACCUGGAAUAUAAUUUUUUUUUUUUUUUACAAGUCAUGCUGUAUGGUGUUUUAAACUUCAUCUAAAGAAAGGUCAGGGAAAUUUCGUUUUCAUGGAAUGCAGGGAACCCAAUGUUUAUUUUUCCGACGUCUUGUGAAUUUAAAAGAGAUACGGAUCGUGUAUUUAUAUUAAAUAUGUACGAUGUACCAGCCUGAGAAAUUUGA